UUUUGUUUUUUUUGAUUUCAGUGGUUAUCAGGCAGCCUGAUAUAAAUAUAAAGCAGGGAUUCAGGGGAAUUGACAGGUUCCCAUUGCAACCAUGAAGUCUUUGGUCUUUAUUCUGCUCAUUGGAGCUGCUUUUGCCACGGACGACGAUAAGAUCGUCGGAGGGUAUGAGUGCACCCCUCACUCCGAGCCCCAUCAGGUGUCUCUGAACUCAGGGAGCUACCACUCCUGCGGUGGCUCCCUGGUCAAUGAGUACUGGGUUGUGUCUGCUGCUCACUGCUACAAGUCUCGUUUUGAGGUGCGUCUGGGAGAGCAUCACAUUGGAAUCACCGAAGGUACUGAGCAGUUCAUCAGUUCUUCCUAUGUCAUCCCACACCCCGACUACAAAGUCUACACCCUUGAGCAUGACAUCAUGCUGAUCAAGCUGGGCAAGCCUGCCACCCUCAACCAGUACGUGCAGCCUGUGGCUCUGCCCAGCAGCUGUGCCUCUGUUGGCACCAUGUGCAGAGUCUCUGGCUGGGGCGUCACCAUGAGCUCCUCUGUUGAUCGUCACAGGCUCCAGUGCCUGAACAUCCCCAUCUUGUCUGAUGAAGACUGUCACAAUUCCUACCCGGGCAUGAUCGACUAUACAAUGUUCUGUGCUGGAUAUCUGGAGGGAGGCAAGGACGCCUGCCAGCUUGACUCUGGUGGUCCUGUUGUGUGCAAUGGUGAGCUCCAAGGUGUUGUGUCCUGGGGCAUUGGAUGUGCUGAGAGGAACUACCCUGGUGUCUACUCCAAGGUCUGUGUGCAGACUGAGUGGCUGCUGACCACAAUGGCCAGCUAUACUGCCUCAGAGAUUGGCUCCUCACUGACCAAUCAAGAUGCUCAGAAAGCAAAGGCAGCACUCCCUGUGGGUAUAAAAUCAGGACUUGAGCUGAAGAACUCUCAUCGACAGGUUCACAUAGCAACCAUGAGGUCUCUGGUCUUCGUUCUGCUCAUCGGAGCUGCUUUUGCCUUGGAGGACGACAAGAUCGUCGGAGGGUAUGAGUGCACCCCUCACUCCGAGCCCCAUCAGGUGUCUCUGAACUCUGGCUACCACUUCUGCGGUGGCUCCCUGGUCAAUGAGUACUGGGUUGUGUCUGCUGCUCACUGCUACAAGUCCCGCAUUGAGGUCCGUCUGGGAGAGCACCACAUCAGAAUCAAUGAGGGAACUGAGCAGUUCAUCAGCUCCUCCCGUGUCAUCCGCCAUCCCAACUACAGCUCCUACGACCUUGACAAUGACAUCAUGCUGAUCAAGCUGAGCAAGCCCGCCACCCUCAACCAGUACGUGAAGACUGUGGCUCUGCCCAAGAGCUGCGCUCCCGCUGGCACCAUGUGCAGAGUCUCUGGCUGGGGCAACACCAUGAGCUCCCUUGCUGACGGUGACAAGCUUCAGUGCCUGGAGAUCCCCAUCCUGUCUUACAGCGACUGUAAUAACUCCUACCCUGGCAUGAUCACUGAUGCCAUGUUCUGCGCUGGAUACCUGGAGGGAGGCAAGGACUCUUGCCAGGGUGACUCUGGUGGCCCCGUUGUGUGCAACAAUGAGCUGCAGGGUGUCGUGUCCUGGGGCUUCGGAUGUGCCGAGAGGGACCACCCUGGUGUCUACGCCAAGGUCUGCAUCUUCAACGACUGGCUGGAGAGCACCAUGGCCAGCUAUGUGUUUUCUGAUCAUUCACCAGACACUAUGAGACUGCUGGCUCUGCUGCUGAUGGUUGGAGCUGCUGUUGCAGUUCCCCGUGAAGAUGGCAGGAUCAUUGGUGGGCAGGAGUGUGAGCCUCACUCUCGUCCAUACAUGGCCUCCCUCAACUAUGGCUACCACUUUUGUGGUGGUGUGCUCAUCAACAAGCAGUGGGUGCUCUCUGUUGCCCACUGUUGGUACAACCCCUAUUCCAUGCAGAUCAUGCUAGGAGAACAUGAUGUGCGAGUGUUUGAGGGUACAGAGCAGCUCAUGAAGACCGACACCAUUAUUUGGCACCCUGAUUAUGACUACCAGACUCUUGAUUAUGAUAUCAUGCUGAUCAAGCUCUUCCACCCUGUGGAGGUGACUGAGUCAGUUGCACCCAUCCCAUUACCAACCGGGUGCCCAGUGGGAGGGCUCCCUUGCUCUGUGUCUGGAUGGGGAAAUAUCGCCCCGGAUGGCGAAGAGUCGUUCAUGCCGUUCCGUCUGCAGUGUUUGGAUGUGCCCGUGGUGGAUGAUCAGGCUUGUGAGAAUGCCUAUCCUGGCAUGAUCACACGCAGAAUGUUUUGUGCCGGAUACAUGGACGGAGGCAGAGAUGCAUGCAAUCGUGACUCUGGCAGCCCUCUGGUGUGUGUUGGAGAAGUUCACGGCCUGGUGUCAUGGGGUCAGGGAUGUGCUCAGCCCGGAUACCCAGGUGUCUACGUCAAAGUGUGCGAGUUCCUCUACUGGAUUGAAGACACUUUGGCAGCCUAUCCCUGAAGAAAUGUUUCUCCUCCCUUCCCCCAGUGUAUUCCCCUCUAUUUACUGUAGUUUAUUAGCACGCAUUCUUAUUUUCUCUAACUUUCCCCCAGCCUUUUCUUGAACAUCUUUAUUUUAUUCAGCCUUUCCUGUCUCUUUUGGAUCGCAUAACUUUUCCCCCUCAUAUAUACAGACUCAACACACAUGUGGCAGAAAUCUGAAAAAAUAAAGAAAUGAAAUCUCUUGAUAAA